AUGAGAAGAUGCCCAAACCCAGUAGAGAGUCAAGAUCCUAAAGCAGGGCCUUCCAAUGCUGCAGGACAAACAACUCAGGAACAACAAACCCAAGCUUCUCAGGUCAUCAAUGAAACACAACCUAUCCAAGUUCCUGCUGGUAAUGGAGGAUCUCAAGAUGUUGCUGCUAAUGAAGGUCAUGACAUAGCUACUGUAAAUGGAAGGUCUCAAUCAUCUCAGGUCAAUGAAACACUACCUAUCCAAGUUGAUGGUAAUGGAGGAUCUGGAUCUCAAGUUGCUGAUGCUGCUAAUGGAGGCUCUCAACUUGCUGGAAAUGGAUGUUCUGGAGGUGCUGCUGCUAAUGGAGGGGCUCAAGUUGCUGGAAAUGCAAGGUCUAGAGUUGCUGCUGCUAAUGGAGGAUCUCAAAAUGCUGGAAAUGCAAGGUUGGAAUCAAAUGGAAGGUCUCAGGUUGCUGCUGCUAAUGGAGGGUCUCAAGCUGCUGGAAAUGGAAGGUCUCAAGCUACUGGAAAUGGAAGGUCUCAAGCAGCUGCAAAUCGAAGAAGGAGGAUUUAA